AUGGAGCGCAGUCAUUUCCCAGAGAUGACAUUGGCCGUGGCCCUAUCUGGCCCACGGUUUGAGGCCCAGUCGGGUAGCAAUGGUUCCGUGCUGGAUAAUGUGCUGCCCGACAUGGCGCACCUCGUGAACCCUUAUUGGAGCCGCUUCUCCCCCAUGGAUCCCAUGAUGAGCAAGAUCCUUGGCCUGUUUACCUUGAUCAUCCUGAUCAUAUCCUGCUGCGGCAAUGGAGUGGUUGUCUACAUUUUCGGAGGAACCAAGUCGCUGCGCACGCCGGCUAACCUUCUCGUCCUUAACCUGGCCUUCUCGGACUUUUGCAUGAUGGCCUCCCAGUCGCCGGUGAUGAUCAUUAACUUUUACUACGAAACCUGGGUCCUGGGACCUUUGUGGUGUGACAUUUACGCGGCCUGCGGUUCCCUUUUUGGAUGCGUCUCCAUCUGGUCGAUGUGCAUGAUUGCCUUCGAUCGAUACAAUGUGAUUGUGAAGGGAAUUAAUGGUACUCCAAUGACCAUCAAGACAUCGAUAAUGAAAAUCCUCUUCAUCUGGCUGAUGGCUGUCUUCUGGACCGUCAUGCCUCUGGUGGGAUGGAGCAGCUAUGUGCCGGAGGGGAAUCUGACCGCCUGCAGCAUUGACUACAUGACGCGCCUGUGGAAUCCUAGAUCCUAUCUGAUAACCUACUCCCUGUUCGUUUACUACACACCGCUCUUCCUUAUUUGCUACUCCUACUGGUUCAUCAUCGCCGCCGUUGCUGCCCACGAGAAGGCGAUGCGAGAGCAGGCCAAGAAGAUGAAUGUCAAGUCGCUGCGGAGCUCUGAGGAUUGUGACAAGAGUGCCGAGGGCAAGCUGGCCAAGGUGGCCUUAACCACCAUCUCUUUGUGGUUUAUGGCCUGGACCCCGUACCUGGUUAUCUGCUAUUUUGGCCUCUUCAAGAUCGAUGGCCUGACUCCGCUGACCACCAUUUGGGGAGCAACCUUUGCCAAGACGAGUGCGGUAUACAAUCCCAUUGUGUAUGGCAUUAGCCAUCCCAAAUACCGAAUAGUUCUCAAGGAAAAGUGUCCCAUGUGUGUGUGCGGCAACACUGAUGAACCCAAACCGGAUGCUCCUGCUUCUGAUACGGAAACCACAUCUGAGGCUGAGUCCAAGGCUUAGGGCCUCAAGAAAGUUAUAUGCAAUUGCCUAAAAUAGGCACGAAAAUGUAAA